GUGUUCAGUGAAGAUGGUUAUGAGAAGUAGACCCCAACAAUCCGCCUCCAGCACCAAUAACGGAAUAACUAAUGGAGGCACCACCAAUGGAGGAACACCGGAAGUGGUUCCAGAGGUUUCCGAUCGAGAGAUGAUGAAACUACGGCAGGGUCUGUUGAGUGGAGUUCGGGAGAAGAGCCCAAACGGGGGUGAUCUAUACUGCUUUAGAGGUAUCCCUUACGCUAAACCUCCGUUGAGGGAGUUGCGCUUUGCACCGCCGGUGCCGCUGGAAAAGUUCCCUGCGGUUGUUCUGGAUUGUUCCAGGGAGCGAAGUGCCUUCGUUGGGAUUAACAUUCAGACUCGGGAGUUGAGUGGCUGUGAAGAUGGACUGUUCUUGAAUGUUUACUCACCCCGGUUGCCGACGAAGGAGGGAUUUGGAGGACCGCUUCCGGUGAUGGUGUUUAUCCAUGGAGGUGGACAGGUUGGAGGCAGUAGUGACAGUAUGCUGUACAAUCCCAGUUUCUUGGUACAGGAAGGAGUAGUUGUGGUUACGUUCAACUAUCGAAUGGGAGUUUUGGGGUUGUUGUGUCUACCGGAUGCUGGAGUCGAAGGAAACAUGAACUUGAAGGAUCAACGUUUGGUACUUCGUUGGGUCAACGAAAACAUCUGUUAUUUCGGAGGUGAUCCAUCGAAUGUAACUCUGUUCGGGGCGAGUUCCGGAGGAAAUUCGGUUUCACUGCAUUGCUGUUCUCCUUCGUCUAGGAAAUACUUCCACAAGGCGAUCAUGCAGAGUGGACACAUGCUAUGCGACUUUGCCUACAGUUCGGAUGCGGUACAGAAGUCGAGGGCUCUAGCGAAAGUGUUUGGUUACAGCGGUAACUCGGAUGUUGAAGCUUUACAGGUUUUGAGGAAGGCAACGGCUUGGAAGUUGGUGGAGAAACAGUUCGAAGUACUGACGGAGCGUGAAAAGCAGUUGGAGAAGAUCUACUGGAUUCCAUUCAAUCAUGUGAUUGAACGAGCUGAUGGACCUGAUCCGGUAUUCACUAGGGAUCCCAUGGAUCUGCUACGUGAUCCGGAUUCUUUCGGAAUGCCGAUCAUCAUCGGCUGGAAUAGCUCCGAUGGGUCUUUGGAACUUUGGAGUCAACUACAACAUUUUGAAGACGUUAAAGGAGAACCUCAUCGUCUGGUUCCUCGAAGCCUGAAUGUGGACUUCUUUGGACCCCAAGCCAAAAUAAUUGGGGAAGAAAUUCUUCAACACUACUUCAAGGACAAGGAGCUCUCCGAGGACACUCUAAUUGAACUCAUGCAACUCAACUCGGAUCGCUACGGAUUUACUGUCUACGUCUUGUCCUACUUGAUGAGUCAAUUUCAGCCCAGUUCCAACUGUUACAGUUACCGUUUUGCUUUCGACGGAGACCUUAACUACGGUCAUACCAUGUUAAGACUUCCUCCGCAAAUCAAAGGAGCGUUCCACAUGGACGAACUCUUCUACCUUUUCCACUCGAUCCUCGUCAAAGAGAUCCCAGAUAAUAACCGAAGCUACCAAAUGCGAACAACAAUGGCUCGGCUCUGGACCAACUUUGCCAAAUUCUCCAACCCAACGCCACCCGAAGAUAAACGGCUGCCCUUCCGAUGGGAUCCGAUCCACAAAACCGAACCCGGGACGAAAAUCCCCUUCGAAGCCUCAUACCUGAACAUCGACCGCGAAAUCCGAAUGACCAGCGACAUCCCAGAUCGCAAAGGCAUCGAACUGUGGUGCGAUUUGCACCACAAGUAUAACGGCCACUUCAGCAAUCUUGAAUUUUUGUCGACCAAUUUGAAUAGUAGCAAACCAUGACAAGUGUUAAUGACCAAUGCAUAACGAAGAAAUUUGAAGUUCACAAACCGAAAAACGAUAAA